AUAACAACUUUUUUUCCUUUUUAACCAUUCUAAACGUCAAGUGAUCACGAGUUGUGAAAACAUGUGCUUCUGUUAAAUGUUAUCUUAUCAUCUGUUAGUUACAGGGUUCAGUAUCUCUCCUACAUAACCGCCGAAACUCGGGACAGCUGGUUAAGUUCUGUAUCGAUUUCUACUGAGAGUGUUUAUUCCUCAAGAGUGAAAAAAACAAAAGCGCGCUAUUUUGUUUUUAAUUAUUGCAGAGGAAAGCUUUUACGAUUGGAAGAAAUGGAUAGCAGUUCUUUGAAGACUGUCGUUUCUGUGCAUAGUCCUUUGAUACAGUGCUGUUCUAAAGGAAGUUAUUACACGUCUUAUGCCAUCAGUUUAAAGAGCAAUGACCCUUGUUUUAAUUACUCUUGCUCACAAAUUCGUCGACGGUAUUCUGAUUUCAUACAUCUUAGACGUAUGCUUGUUUCUCAUCAUCCUACAGUAAAGCCUCCAAUUCUACCGCCGAAAAACUACUUCCAGCGGUUCAGUAUCGAUUUUAUAGAGAAAAGAAAGAAAGGUCUUCAAACUUUUCUGGAUGGGGUGCUUAAAGUUCCAGUUUAUCUGUCUGACAAAGGCUUGCACUUAUUUUUACAAAGUUCCUAUUCUAUGUCGGAAAUUGAUGAACAGUGUCUUGGUGACAUACCCGUUCCUCAACUAGUAGACACUGAUUUUUUUACCUCAUCACAUCAGUCAGAUUCAAGCUCAACUAAGUCUUCGGAGAAUACAGAGGUACAAAACACUCUUAGAGUUCUUGAAAAUUUUAAAAUUGGUAGUACGGAAUCCACAAAGGAAAUUCAAGAUAUUGAUGCUAAUAUUCUAAAACAUGGCAGUAUUUCAUCAAAAAGUGAACCACAGCUGAUUUCUACUUUGUCUAGCAGUAUGCCAUGUCCUGUUCCGAAGUGGAGAGGAAGCCUGGACUCAAGUUCUCCAUCGAUAUCACCAUCCAGCUUUGAUACCAGUUACAAUUCAUCUUUGGAAUCAAGUUCUCCCCGCCGAGUAUCUUUUAAUGAGAAUGUGACUGUAGCUGUUGUUUGCAACCAGUUCUGGAAUAUCGGUGUUAAACCAAUAAGAACAGAUGCCUGAAUGGCCUUUGCUGGUCAUAUCAUAUAAACCAUAUAUUGGUUCUUAUCAUUGAAAAUAGAGUGAGCUUCCAUCGAUCAUGUUAAUGUAUCAUACAGAGAUUGUAAAGCAUAUCUAAAUCAUGCAACGUAAUGCUUAUAGCAUAGUUUUAUAAUGAUGAAGCAAAUAUCAGUUUAUCUCAAAAAUUGCAACCUUUAUCAAAAAUACUUAUUUCUGAGAGAUACUGAUUUGUGUUAAAACUACCCUAAGCAUUGUAAAAAUGAUUUUGUGCCCAGAAAAAAGUUUUCAAACAUAAAUCAUGUACGUUUAUUUAAAUUUAAAAUCAAAAUAACGAUGCUACAGUCUUUGAAACUGAAGAUAUUGUAGGAUAAUUUACAGUUUUUGUCUUUUACAUUAAUAUUAUAUACAUAAUAUAUAUAUGUAACAUAUUAUGUGCACCGAAAAAGGGCAUUUGCUUCAAACAUUGUCUAAUAUUUAAAUUUUAGAUUGUCCUCCAUCCAACAUUUUGUUUUACAAUUUUUGCCAGUCUCAAACUGUAUAUUCUGUUCAUCAUGCAACGUCUUGCAGCAUGUAACUUGAACCCAGUUCUUAUUCAUGCUUAUAAUUUAUUUAAAAUCAUAUUCAUUAAAUUUUCUAAAGUUAUCAUUUGAUGGGAACUGCCAGCUUGAAAAUGGUUUACAUUUACCCAUUACAUUUUAGAUUAUAUUUAAAAUAAUAUAUAAGUUUAUAGCAAUUAGGCAAUGUAUUAGUAUUCCAUUUAAAGCUUUGUGUGUGCGUGUGUAUUACUACUGUGAGCAUUCACGUACUUAGCAGAGCACCUUUAUAUCUGAAGAAGUGAUAGUCGUUUAGUGUUAACAUUUGAGCAAAUUAUCUUCUCUUGCUGCAGUUCUUAAUUAUUUUAACAAAGUGUGUGAAAUGUCCUUUUGUAUUUAUAUUUAUUUCUUUUUUCAAAAAAGGAACUGAACAUCAUUUUCGCAAACCUAAACGUAUCUAUAAAUCUCAAGAGUAUCUUUUAAAAUGCAUUUUUGUAACUGUUUACAUGUUUUCUCUGCUUCUAUUAUUUUUCCCAAUAAAAGCAAUUUGAAAUGUUUUA